UUCUCUAUCUUAUGGAUAUUUUCUAAGUAAGAGUUGCUAUAUAACUGAAUAUUCUUUGCAGAAAAAAUCCCAACCAGAUCUACGUUAAUUAACUGUAAGCUUAUUGAUUCUUCGUUCUCUCAACUCCCAUAAAUAUGAAGUUCCACAUGGCCGCUCCUUCCAUGUUGGUUGCUUUCUUUCUUAUUGUAUCACCUCCGUUUUCAUUUUCGAUAUACAAUGGAAGUAUAGGUGGUGGCUCAUCUCUUUAUGUGGAGAAUCCAGACGACGUUCUGAUUUCACCGAACAGAAUUUUCUCCGCCGGCUUUUACCAAGUUGGCGAAAAUGCUUAUACCUUUGCCAUAUGGUUCAGCGAGCCUUCUUGCUUCAACAGUUGCACAGUAGUUUGGAUGUUGAACCGGGAUGUACCCAUUAAUGGGAGACACUCCAAGCUAUCUCUGCUUGAAACUGGAAAUCUCAUCUUGUCCGAUGCCGGUAAAUCCAUUGUUUGGGCCUCCAACACUUUCUCAAUGUCUUCAUCUUCUUUACAGCUUCAUGAUACUGGAAAUCUUAUUCUAAUUACUCAAAGUGAGAGUAAAAUUUUAUGGCAGAGCUUUGAUUCACCUACAGAUACCCUUCUUCCUUUGCAAUCACUUUCUAAAGGCUCAGUUUUAGUUUCUUCAAGAAGCUCAACAAAAUUUUCUUCUGGGUUUUACAAGUUAUCUUUUGAUGGUGAUAAUAUUCUUCACACUCUUUACAAUGGUCCUCCUGAAGUUUCCAUUGCUUUCUGGCCAAACCGUUGGUCUCUUAACUUGGAUGCUGGGAGAACCUCGGACAACAGCAGUAGAAUUGCUGUAUUAGAUUCACUUGGCAAAUUUACAUCAUCAGAUAAUUUCAAUUUUCUCUCUGCUGAUUAUGGCGUCCAAAUGCAAAGAAGGUUGAGACUUGAUUUUGAUGGUAAUCUGCGAUUGUACAGCCGAAAGAACAGCAAAGACAACUGGACAGUUUCAUGGCAAAUCUAUUCUCAACCAUGCCUUAUUUAUGGAGCUUGCGGCCCUAACAGCAUGUGCAAGUAUGUUCCUAGUUUUGGUAGGAAAUGUUCCUGUCUCCCAGGAUAUAAAAUGAAAAAUCCUUCUGAUUGGUCUUUAGGUUGUGAACCGGAGAUUAUGGUUCCUAAUUGUUCAGCAAGCAAUCAGGCUACUUUCAUUCAGUUUCCUCACGUUGAAAUGAAUGGAAAUGAUAUGGGUUACUUUCUAAAUUACACAUUGGAUAAGUGCAAGGAAUUAUGCUUGCAAAGAUGUGAUUGCAAAGGGUUCAUAUUCAGAUUCUAUUUACACUAUCGCCCUGAUAAUGUUCCUUAUUGUUUCCCCAAGACAAGAUUGCUAAAUGGUUAUAGUUCACCGCAUUAUGAUGGAAACCUAUAUUUGAAAGUGUCAAAAACCAAUCCUUCCAAAACAGACUGGCUGUCAACAGAAGAACUCAGUCUUGAUUGUCCAGCAGCAGCAGCUGUUACGCAGCUUGACAGAAGGUAUGCUCAAUCCCGUGAAAGUUGGUCCCUUAAGUUCUUGAUUGGUUUCUUUAGUGUAGUUGGGAUAGUUGAGAUUCUUGUAGUAGUUUCAGUGUGGGUGUUCUUAAUUAUAAAUCAGAAGAGAAAUGUAACUACUCAAGAAUACCUUCUUGCUGCUACUGGUUUCAAAAGAUUCACCUACGAUGAGCUGAAGAAAGCAACAAAUAAUUUUAAAGAAGAAAUCGGCAGAGGGGCUUCAGGAAUUGUCUACAAAGGUCUAAUCGAUGGUCAACAUCGGGUUGCGGCAAUCAAGCGAUUAAACAACAGUAGCCAAGGCGGCGAAGCUGAAUUUGUAGCAGAAAUAAGCACUGCUGGGAAGCUUAACCACAUGAACUUGAUAGACAUGUGGGGAUGCUGUGCAGAGGGAAAGCACAGACUUUUAGUGUACGAGCAUAUGGAGAAUGGAUCCUUGGCUGAUAAUCUCUCUUCAAAUAAGUCACUGGAUUGGAAAAAGAGAUUCGAAAUCGCACUCGGUACUGCGAGAGGCUUGGCUUACUUGCAUGAAGAAUGCUUGGAAUGGAUUCUACACUGCGACGUAAAGCCACAAAACAUACUGUUGGAUGCUGAAUAUCGUCCCAAAAUAUCAGAUUUCGGCCUGUCUCGGCUAUUAAAGAGAGAUGAUCUUCACAAAUCAAGUUUCUCAAGAAUAAGAGGAACAAGAGGUUAUAUGGCUCCAGAGUGGAUAUCUAAUCGGCACAUCACCGCCAAAGUGGACGUCUACAGCUAUGGCAUUGUGGUGUUAGAGAUGGUCACCGGAAAGAGCCCAUCAAUGGGUGACAAUGUUGAGGAGAAAGGGCUGGUCCAAUGGGUGAAGCAAAAGCGAAAUACAACUUCUGCAAGUGGGUUAUGGUGGAAAGAGAUGAUAGAGCCAGUGAUGGGAAUUGAAUAUGAUGCAAAGAAAAUGGAAACUCUGAUUGAAGUGGCACUGAAAUGUGUGGAGGAAGACAGAGCUGCUAGACCCACAAUGAGCCAAGUGGUUGAGAUGAUUAUGAAGCAUGAAAAUUAAUGAACAUGAUCAAUCAAUGGCCAAGGAGGGCCUAGAUGAUUUACUUCAGAUUUGCCCGUCGGGCACAGCCAGUAAAUUACUUUCAAUAAUUAUUUA